GGUAAGCCAGCCAGUUGACGGACAACCGUGAGAGCACCAUGAACGGUAGUUUGGCGAACGGAUUGAACGAGGGCCACCUGAACGCGCCGCCGACGAAGAUCGCCUUCGAUCGAAGCAUUUCCGCGUACAGCGUGCGGGAUGUGCAGUGCGGGUUUUGGGUGUGCCGUGGCCCUUUCUGGCAGCGGUUGGCCAGCAAGAAGCUGUACGUGCUGCUGUUCGGGCUGAUGGGAUGCAUCCUCAACUCGACCACCUCCUACUUCUACGGCACGCUCACGACGGUGGAGAAGAGCAUACAGAUCUCGUCCCGCACGGUGGGUAUCAUUACGGCCGGAUCCGACCUAUCCUUCGUGCUGGCAUCGCUCUUUCUAUCGUACUACGCCUCGAACCGCCGCAAACCGCUAUGGAUAGCGAUGGGGAUUGUCAGCAUGGCACUAUCAUGCUUCGUGAACGCAUUGCCCCACUUCCUGUUCUCAAAGGCACAGAGCGAGCUGGAGCAGAAUCUCGGCAACUUGACGAAGGGUGCGGAUAACCUGUGCCGCGAGGAUCGACUAUCGCCAGACUGUUCGCUGGACGUCGGAGAUAUAAGGCCACAGAUUGUGCUGUUCUUCGGCAGCUUCCUGUCCGGCAUUGGGACAUCACUAUACUUCACCCUCGGCCUAACCUAUCUGGAUGAUAAUGUGCGCAAGGAGAAGGUACCGUUUCUAUCCAGUUUGGCUGCGUUCGGGCGGCGCAUGGGACCGCUGGUUGGCUUUUCGUUGGCUUCCCUGUGUUUGAAGUACUUUGUGCACGUCGGCGUCGAUCCGGGCUACAACCAGAGCGAUCCGCGCUGGAUUGGUGCCUGGUGGAUGGGUUGGCUUGCGCUCGGCUCCACGCUUAUCAUCAUCGCACCGUUCUUUGCCAGCUUCCCGAAGGUGCUGCCCAGAACGGCGGAACGCAUAUCGCUUUCCCGGCAGGCGAGUCGCGCUAGCGGUACCUCGACCGCUGAAGAGGAUGUCGAGACGAACCGGAAGGUGUCAUUCAGUGACAUGCUGGUUACGGUGCGCCGGCUCGUCACCAACAAGGCGUACGUGUUUAACAAUGUGGCCAGCAUCUUCUAUUUCUUCGGGUAUAUGCCGUACUUCCUGUUUCAGGCUAAGUACAUCGAGAUCCAGUAUCGGCUGACACCGUCCCAGGCUAACAUGAUCACGGGAUCUACUUCGCUCGUCUUUUCCGCACUGGGAAUACUGAUCGCCGGUAUGGUGAUCCAAAAGCUGCGUGUUAGUUCCAGACAGUUAGCCGGCUGGAACGUUAUCACAAGCAUUCUUUCGGCGGCACUCAUCGUUGGAUAUGCGUGGUUCGGUUGCUCUGCCUUGAACAAUGCAGAUAUCGUUGCUAAUUCUCAAGACGCGUCCUGUAGUUUGGGAUGCAAUUGUGAGUUCGUGAAGUACGCCCCAAUCUGUGGAAGCGAUGGACAAACGUAUCUUUCGCCGUGCCAUGCUGGAUGCCGGGACUCGCUCAAGGAUCCAACUGGAACAACGCUCUACACAAACUGUUCCUGCAUCGCGAGCCCGACAGAAGAUUUGGAUGCCAAUUUCACUUCCUCCUACGGUUCGGCCACGCCUGGAAGUUGCCCGGUGGACUGCGGGACACCGUUCUACUUCUUCCUGAUGUGCCUGUGCUUGAACAAGUUUAUCGGUGGCACGGAAUCGGCAGCAAAUUUUCUCAUCGGCUUAAGAUGUGUCGAGCCACGCGAUAAAGCCAUCUCGAUGGGAUUCUCGAUGGCGAUCAACACACUGUUCUCGUUCCUUCCCGCACCGAUCGUCUUCGGUGCGAUCAUCGACCGGACCUGUGUGCUUUGGGGCCGUACCUGCGCUAAACAGGGCAACUGCUGGCUGUACGAUGGUGAGGCACUGCGCGCAUCAAUGAACUACACGGCGGCUGUGUUUGUCAUCAUUGGAACUUGCUUCGAUAUGGGCACCUGGUACUACUCGAAGAACUUUAAGAUAUUCGACGAUAAGCCCGGCGAGCAGAGUGCUAGCAAGAGCCCCACGGAACGGGAGCUAGUGUCGCUCGUUAGUAAAGCGAAGGAAGAGGAGGCACGCACUACUCGUAACAACCAGUAACCGGUUUGAUCACGACGACCUUGACGACUUCUUGUGUGGAGCUACGGACAGCCCGGGUGGAUUGUGUCGUGUGCCAUGCCGUGCUGCAGCAUCUGUGUACCUGCGCGUUAUCACUCAUUUGAUGGAAAACACCGCUUAUCGGUCUGUACUGCAAACAGACGACACCUAAUGUGUGUGUGUGUGGGGGGCGUGUGUGUGUGUGUGUGUGUGUUUGUGAGUACACAAUAAACUGACCCAUGACUCUUGUUGUGGGUCCACACUAA